AAUCUACGGCCAAUAUCAAUCCGUUGAGCUAAUCGCAAGAGGCGUCCGCGAUCAGCUCUCCGAAUUUAAAGGAUUACAAUAAAUACUUGCAACCAUUGGGAAGACCACAAACAGUCCCUUGAAAAUCAAGAGGCAUAAAUCUAAAAUUAUGAGUAUGACGUGUCAACAGCUCCAUCUCUCAGGAGUGCAUGAUGUGGGCUUCUGAAUUGGAUACCGCCCUCUCGUGUUUAUUGAUAGAAGCAGCUAUAGAGAGAGAGAGGAGAGAGAGAGAGAUGGAAUCAGACAAAAAGUUGGAGUUAAUACAGAAAGCAAUAAGAAAAUUGAUGGAGGAGGAAGAAAUUAAAGCCGACAUGGAGGCAUCGUUAUCCAAAGAAAGCUUGGUGGGUGUACAUGAUAACGAAAAAACCGGCGGCCGUGGCCACCACCAGCGACAGCUCCUCUCCAGACUUCUGUCUGAGUUAGAGUCAUUAGAAGAAGAGAAAAAUGUUACUGAAGAAUCCAAACCAGAGGCUAACGUAGAAGAUAAAUUAUGUUCGGCGAUUGAUGAAUCAAAUGGAGUUGGCAACGAAGAGAUAGUGAAAGAGCUGAAGGAGGUAAAGAAGCAGAAUCUCAUGACUCACUGCCUCCUCACUGUCAUGAUUGUACUGACCAUAGCCUGGCAACUGUCUGAGGUGUCUCUCAUUUUGAAAAUAAAAGAUGGAUUGAGCAACCCCCUCAGAUCCGUUGGUGGAAUCAUUGGAGGAUUUUUCAAAGGCCGCCGUAGUGUUAAUGUUGUUCAAGAUGUUAUCAAACAGGCAUCUGAGAUGCAAAAACAGGUUACUGAACCUACCUAUCUCCCCGGCCUCAAAAUUCCAGAUCUUCCCCACUUGGAAUUGCCGGGUUUUGAUACGAGCGACGACGAGGAGCAGUAGCCGUCUAGAAUUUUAUACCGUAUUUGCUUGUUAAUCUGGCUAUCAUUUUACAACUGAUGGAAGAAGGCUAAAGAAGUGCGGAUGUAACUCACACCAAGAAUUGUACAUGAUUGUCAUAUUCGUACCACACCAUAUGAAUCAUCGAGGAGCUGAGGAAUCACAUCAACUAGCUCUAAAAAUCUGUAAUUCUUAUCCGCUCAACUCCAGACUGCAGGGCGUCAGUCCAGAAAUGUUUGGCAAUGGCAUAAUUAAUUAAAAGCUUAAACCAACAUAUAAAACAAGGCAGGCCAUGAACAUUAAAUUCACUCAUCAUGACGUAGAUGUUAAUAAAUAAAGCACAAG